AACUUCUCGGGCUCUACCGAUGUAAGACAUGCUUCUAGAAAACUCUUUCUUCCUAGAAACAUUCGGAAAUCCUCCUGCCAGGGAGACUGGGGUGACCUGGUAAAUCUUUAAUUCUCCUAGCCCUCUUUAGGAUUCGCUUCCAUUGGCUUGAGGGCAGAGAUGGCGACUUCAUCCCACCAAGGAGCAGCAGCAGGAAGUCAGAUGGAGCACAGACUCUGUGAAACAUCAAUAGGACAGGGGGAAAGACCAAGAGCCAGUCGGGGCCAGGAGAGCAACUUCAAGCAGAGCCAGGGAACAUCCACACUACGGCUCCUCCUGCUAGGGAAACAGGGAGCAGGCAAAAGCGCCACAGGAAACACCAUUCUGGGCAAAGCCGUGUUCGAGUCCAGGUUCAGUCAUCACAUGGUAACCAAGAGGUGCCAGAGUGAGAGUGUGUCAGUAAGAGGGAAGCAGGUCAUUGUUAUUGAUACUCCAGAUCUCUUCUCCUCACUGGGCUGUCCAGAGGUUCAACAGCAGAACCUGCGGCAGUGCUUGGACCUCUUAGCUGACCCCUAUGUGCUACUUCUGGUCACUCCCAUUGGUCACUCUACAGAGGAGGACAAGAAGACCAUUGAGGGUAUCCAGGGUGUGUUUGGCCCUCAAGCCUACAGACAUAUGAUUGUGGUCUUCACUCGGGAAGAUGAGCUGGGUGAAGACACACUGCAGAACCACAUUGAGAGCAAGAAGUAUCUGAAGAAGUUGAUUGAAAACAUUGGAAGUCAACGAUGCUGUGCUUUCAACAACAAGGCGGACAAGAAGCAGCAGGAACUGCAGGUGUCCCAGUUUCUUGAUGCAAUUGAAUUUUUAAUGAUGGAGAGCCCUGGGACAUAUUUUGAGCCCUUGAAAACGGAAAACAGUGGAGUCCAGGGUUGUGGGACUGGAGUGACAUAUAAAGGAGACAAUCUGUGUGGUUCAAAGAAGAGGCAGCCUCAGAUCACAGGACCUGGUUGGGAUAGAGACACACCAGAGCUCAGGGUCCUUCUCAUGGGGAAGCGUGGUGUUGGGAAAAGUGCAGCAGGAAACAGCAUUCUGGGGAAGCAGGUUUUCAAGACUCAAUUCAGUGAGAAGCAGAGAGUCACCGAGGCCUUUGCAUCCCACAGCAGGCUCUGGAAUCAGAAGAAAUUUCUGAUUAUCGAUUCUCCAGAAAUCUCAUCGUGGAAGCUUGAUGAGUCUGAUGUCAAGGAGCACACCUUUCCAGGUCCCCACGCCUUCCUGCUGGUCACACCACUGGGCUCUUCCUUAAAGAGUGGUGACAGUGUGUUCAGCAUCAUCAAACGUAUUUUUGGAGAAAAAUUCAUCAAGUUUACAAUUAUUCUCUUUACCAGGAAAGAAGAUUUUGAGGGUCAGGAUCUAGAUACAUUUACAAAGGAAAACGAUGCUCUCUGUAAUCUCAUCCAGAUAUUUGAAGGAAGAUACGCAGUCUUCAACUACCGGGCAACUGUGGAGGAGGAGCAGAGCCAGGUGGGCAAACUACUCAGUCAAAUCGAGAGCGUGGUGCAGCACCACAACAACAAGCCUUGCGUCAUCAGAGAGAAAGAACUCUUAAACAUCAUCCUCUUGGGAAGGAGUGGAGUUGGAAAGAGUGCAACUGGGAACACUAUCCUGGGGAGACCUGCCUUCGUCUCUCAGCUCAGAGCUCAGCCGGUCACCAGUAGGAGUCAGAGUGGCAGGAGGACACUGGACUGGCAGGAUAUUGUGGUUGUGGACACUCCAUCACUCAACCAGAUGUCUGGUACUGAAAAGAAUCCUGCCCAGUUAAAGAAGGAGAUCAAACAAUGUUUGCUUCAAAACUGCGAAGAAGGCAUGAAGGUUUUUGUCCUGGUAUUCCAGCUGGGACGGUUCACCCAGGAAGACGAGGCAGUGGUGGAGCAACUGGAGGCCAGUUUUGAGGAAAACAUUAUGAAAUACAUGAUUGUGCUGUUUACACGAAAGGAAGACCUAGGGGAUGGGGACCUUUAUGAUUUUACUAAUAACACAAAGAACAAAGUCCUUAAAAGAAUAUUUAAAAAGUGCAAGGGGCGAGUUUGUGCUUUUAAUAACAAAGAAACUGGUGAAGACCAGGAGACCCAGGUGAAAGCUCUGUUGACAAUAGCCAAUGAUCUCAAAAGGAGCUAUGAUGAGCAUUCAACUUCAUGGAUGGAUCAACUAAAAUCAGCAGUAGGUCAAAUUACUACGGUAUUUAAAUGAGCUCAAGUGAGCAGCUUUAAGGCCUGGGGACAAUUUAGGGAUGUCAUCGAACAGAGGUUGGGGUAGAUGAGAGGAAGAGGGACUAAUGGGGUGGACCCUCUCAAAGAAGGUUCAUGACUUUGAGGGCUGAGGGAUAAAUGAAUCUCAUGAUGGAUGUAGAUAUUUGUGUACAUAAAUUGUCAUGUUAGGCCAGGCAGAAGGGAAUUAGAAGACAAAGAGAAUAUGGUAGAUAAUAUUGGAAAUGUUUUAAAUAUGAUAUUAGGGGUGAAAACCACUUCACCAGUGUAAGUUGGAUAGAGUGAGGAUUGUCACUGUCCCAAGGCUCAGGUCAAUGUCAAGCCCAAUAAGAUAAUAUCCUGAGAACCAGGGUAUUCAGACACACACACACACACACACACACACACACACACACACACACACACACACACACACACGUGCACACAGAGGUAUGCCUAGCAUGGCGAAGGUAGUUGUGAGCUCAACAUUCCAACUUUAUUCUUUGUGCCCAGCUUCAUGGGUAUAUGAAAUUUAUUUCCCGGUGUUCUGUGCAUGGUUGAGAAGAUCUACUGGAAGUUGCUGGCAGUGAGAUGAAGAAUAUGAAGUCUUCUCCAAGGUGUAUUAAGGGUCAGAAAUUUUUAAAGAUCAGUCAUUUUCAUAUGUACUGAGGAUGAGAGCUGUAACACAUGUGUUUAGCUACCUUCAAGAUCAACCUACUGAUAAUGAAGUCUGAGAAUUAAUUUGUUUUUGAUAUCAAACUUUAUCUUCCCCAAGAGGCCAAGAAGUAAUCUAACUACCUUUAAAUGCCACAUACUUAGCAAACUAAAUUCUAGAAAAUGUAUGUAUAAAUAUGAGUUGAAUCGCAUAAUAAAGAUGAACUGAAUUA